CGUUCGAUCGUAUCUCCGGUUCGGUCCGGCAAGAAGAUCACGACUUUUCGAAUUACGAGACAGUACUGUUGCUUUUUUUAACAGCUGCAUUUUUGACGGCAUGCUCUCUCUCUCUCCUUCAGAGCACCGCCGCGCGUCGUACCCUUCUAUCUUCUGCGGAUCAUCUUCGUCGUCCCAUAAUAGUGAAACUAUUCCGUCGUUCGAUGCCGUUUGGCAUCUUAUUUUUUCCAAAACGUCCUUAUUGAUUUGCCGGGGUGUAGCUGGGUAUUUGUGGCUACAUAACAUGUAAACUUUUUAGAAGGGCGCUUUUCCUCCAGUAUACCUUAACGUUACCGACAACAUUGACCUUUCGUGUAUAUAUAUAUCGGUGGGAUAGUAUAAUCACGCUUCAUUAGGAUUUCGGUUUAUGUUGGCACUGUGACAUAUUUAUCUUUUAUCUCCUGGUAUAAGUGUGAGAAAUGGGUGACAAACCUGCUGCUGAUGCCGGUGUUGCGGCAGCCACUGCAGAUGUUCCUGCAGCAGCAGCGGUUGCAGCUGAAGAAAAGCCAGCCGCAGCUACCGACACCCCGCAACCGGAAGCGGCUACCAUUGUAACGCAGGACGCGAAAGCCGAAGUUCAGGAUGCGAAACCUGAAGCUCAGGAUGCAAAACCUGAAACAACUACAGUCGUUGAGGAAACCAAGCCCCAAGAGGAGCCCACCAAGGUGAAAGAUGCUGAGGGCACUGAGAAGCCGAAAGAAGAGUUGCCGGCUGCGGAAGUCCCUACAAAGAAUACGGAAGAAAGCGCCCAGCCACAGGAUGCCGUACCAACUGAGUCACCCGCAACCGCGGAACCGGCAAAAUCGGAGCCCGUCAACCAGACUGAGCCGCAGCCGUCGGAGACCAUUACUACACCUACUCAAGUUUCCGAUGCGGUGGAGCAAGACGCGCAGGAAGCGCAACUGGCAGUCGAAGCGUCCACAGCCAACGCACCACCGGAAGUACCGAAAUCCGCGGAUACCGUCGUGCAAGAUUCAAGCCCUACCGAAGCGCCUGCAAAACCAGCGGAAGACGAGUCAAAGCCUUCGGAACAAUCACAGGAAUCGAAACCAGAGCCAACGGUACCGGAAAGUGAAACCGUCGUAAAACCAGCGGAUAAAGAAAAUAUGGAAUCACCGUCGGAAAAAGCCGCUGAUAAUGCACCGGCCGAAAAUGCGUCUCAAGCGCCUGCUGCUGAGUCGCCAGCUGAACCGGUUCAGGCUGACCAAUCAGCAGCUGCAGCCGCUAAAACCGAUGAAGCCGCAACCGCUUCCCCACCGGCCAAAACCGACCAAUCAGCCCCAGCACCGCCCACCGCCAACAAAGUGCAAGAACCACAGGUACCAUCCCCCACCCGUGUUGCAACUGCCCCAUCCCCCUCCCAGUCCACCCCCUCUCAACCCGCAUCCCAACCCGGUGUUAAGUCCUCCGCCCCGCCCACCGCCGCCGGUCCCUACCCCAAACCCGCACCGACAGGACAAACCCCGCCUUUUUUACAGAGUGCUCCGUCCGCCCUCAAGGGCAGUGCCACCCCGUGGGCGAAUCUGCCUAAAACCGAGACGCUACCCAAAGGGCCCGUACAGAUGGUGGGCUCGCAUGAAGAGGCACCCGACCAGAUUGCCGAGUCCAGCGAAGAGUACCGCAAACAGUUUAGUGAACGUAAAAAGUUUUUCAAACAGCAGCUGGAGCAGCAGGAUACCUUGCCCAUCAAGGUGGCGCCACCGCCGGCCGCAUUCAAGCAGCAGGCCCCCGUGGUGCCCCCCGAACCGACCGUUCCAGUGGUGCUGUCGCAGCCUAAGGUCCCGGAAGCGCUGCGUCUGCCUAUUGAAUCAGAGAAGGACGCGUCGCCCGGAACCGGUGUGUUGCGCCCGACUAACAGUCCAUACUCGCCAGCCGCCAUGGCGGCGGCGGAAAAAGAAGCGCAGGCCACCGCACCCGAAAGGUCACCGGUACCUCCCCCCGUACAGCCGAAGCAACAGCCAUUUGGGCAGCAGUCCGAUUUCCCACCAGGACAAACGCCCUACACCGAUCUAACGGUGCCGACACCGUUUCACACUCCCGCGUCACCCGAAGCGCCCCCUAUGUGGUCGCCGCCACAAGGCCCCAUUUCUGUGCCCUCGCAGAGCGGUGCCCAGAUGAGUCCGGGGGUAGGUCAGACUCUGCCGAGUUUCGAAGCGCCCCGCAAAAUUAAUCAGUGGGCGCCGGGCAAUGCGGCUCUGGAUCAGCCAAGUAAGCCGGUUCCGUUUGGUCAGCAGAAGCCACCGUUUGCUCAACAAUCGCCAACGAUCCGGACCCCGUCACCCACUUUUAAUAUGCAACAGCAAGGACAGCAUCCUACAUCCUCGAUUCCUCAUAAUCAGUUUUCCUCGCCACAGGCGGGCAUCGGCAGUUAUACGCCUCCGGGCUAUGCACCACAGCCUGCCGGUAUGCUCAAUGCUGCGCCAUUGCCCCAUAUGGGAAAUGUACCACCGCCCAGCUCGAUGGCUCCGUUACCGGAUUUGACGGACCUUAUCGGAAUGACGCCCAUGAAUAAAAAGAAAACUUUUGUCGAUUCAAGCUUCUACUCGGAGAAACAUGAACUGUAUCCGACAUUCGAAGAGCAGGUUAAAUUGUGUCGGGAUAUCAGCUCCUCCCUUACAUCGGAGGACAAUAAGCAGUCGCUGGGGGCCCGUAUGUUUACCAGGCGCAAAAUGACAUCUAAAAAGUGGACUACUGACGCGACACACCAUGGCGUCAACGGUGAACAGUGGGAAUCAGGCGGUGAAAGUGACAUGGAGAAUGAGCCGCCGAAACCCGCCGGUCCACCUCCACUCAAGUAUUACAUGAGUCCCAAAGGCGUGGAUGACGCACAGUCACUGAUGCAAAAGGACCCCGAUGCGAAGAUAUAUGAUUCGAUUAGUCCCAUCAGUUUGGCUGCCGUCUCCCAGGGCCUAGAGAGCAGUGCCGGCCGUGGCGUCGAUCUUUUUCAGAAGCGCAAACAAAAAUCUGAGGAAUGGGUCGUGGAUGAGACGAAUGUAAAGAAAGUGGCUCCCAUGCCCGCAGUGGACAACAGUGGUCCCAAUAAACUGCAAUCACUUCUGAACAGUCAGUCAGUGUUGUAUGUCAAAUCGCCAUGGGAAGCUGCACUGGAAUCCCCCAUCGGCAGCUGCGAAAAUGCAUUUCAAAAUGUCCGCAUGGGCGAUCGAGGGAAUGCUAAUCCAGUUUUGACGCAACGAACACCGUCGCCCAAUGUCGGGGCUCCCGCAUUUCACAAGCCGGCGUCGCCUGCGCCGCCACCCAACGACAGUUUCUCUCGGCUGCCACGCGGGUGGGCACCACCGUCCGCAUCACCUGCACCUAUGUUCGAACCCGCGCCCGCCUUCCAUCCGCCGUCGCCAAGUCCGAAACCGACGCCGCCCAUGUUUAAACCACCGACCCCCGAACCCGUACCAUCCUUCCGGCCACAGUUCACUCCACCGCCACCCACCCCGGCCCCAGUUCAUAGUGUGUACCGUGCGGCGCCUCCGGUCGCUGAUUUCCAAGUGAUGAACGAUAACGCUGCCAUGGACGCCGAUAUCCCGAACUACCAGCAAGCGCCGCAGUCGGUUGUGCGCCGCUUUAGCCAACCGGCCGUGGAACUGGCCAACGUUAAUUACUAUCCUUCCUCACCGGUGCCACAGCAACCGCCCUGGCUCAAUCAGCCCAAGCAGAACUUCUACAAGCAACCGUCACCGGCGGGCGAGCGGCAUGUCAGCUGGCAUCCGCAGUUAAAGAAUGUUGACCACUGGUCACCGCAGUCUACUGACGAAUUCAGACGAAUGUAUAAUGAGAAACACAGCAUGUGGGAACGCCCACCAGAACCGGUAUCGUACCGUUCGACCCAUUCACGCAGUCGCAGUCAGCCUCCCGUGCAUUACAGCCCGGGUCAGCAACGCGGUUACCAACCGUCCUACAAUACAUACAACGCCCAACCAGCUAAAAAAUGGGGUGAAGAUAUGUCCAACUGGCGCCCACCGCCACAGGCCGUGCCGGGCAUGACCCCGAGUUUCCGUCCACAAUCACCGGUAUCACCCCAAGCAAAGGGUGGAUGGGGCUCCGACAUGAACAGCUGGAAGCCGCGCUUCGCCUCCCAGCAGCAGCAACAGCAGCAGCAGUCAUUCAAUCGUCCCCAACCGAAACCGGCAUCCCCAUCGCGACCCGGUUCCUGGGGUUCGGACAUGCACGGCUGGACACCACGCCCCCAGCCUCCCUCACCGCAGCCGGUGCGGCGCCCCCAGCAGCAGCAACGUCCCGGCUCCUGGGGCCCGGAUAUGCAUAACUGGAACGCGCGCCAGCAGGCGCCACGAUUUCCGUCACAGCCGCAGCCGUCGUACACGCCGACGCCGCCCUGGGCGGGUGGCGGACAACCGGCACGGCCGUCUUUCGCGCCGGCAGCGGCUGGACGAUACGGUGCUCAGCCGGCGCCGCAGCAGCAGCAGUACGGUACCCUGCCUCGUGCCUCACCGGGACCGUCGCAGUGGGGUGGUGGCAAUCGAGGAAGCAUGCUGGUGUCGGAUCUUUAAUCACGGAGGUUUACCGUUUCGCGGAUAUGGCAUCAACGGAACGAACUUGUUGGCAUCCGUUAGCAACGCAUGUUUUGUUCACAUGAGCUUGUGAAAAGCAGUGCUGUGGUCUGUGGAUUCGUUUCUCAUCAAAACUAUCCAAAAAAACUAGGCUAAAAAUUUUACGAGGUAUUUUAUAUGAUUGUUGUCGUUGUGCCCGAAUUUUGCCUAUUUAAUAAUCACAUUUUCAUAACUGUAUAAGCGAAAGCAAUAAUACAGUGUGUUUAGUGGUAAACUAAAGGUUAGUCGAGAUGAGAAACCGGUUUUAAUCGUAAGAUGUGGUUGGUUAGACAAAGAGUAUUUUUACUUGCGAAUUUUAUUGGUUUGCUGCGUGUGCAAGUCCUUUCUUUCAAAUUUGUGGUAGAACGUGAACAUGUGCUAUAAAACAAAGAAA